AGUUCUAAUUAAAAACAAGAAGGAAAUUUUUCUUGUAAACGUAGAAUCAACUCUUAACAACAUAAAUAUUAAGAUGAAAUCAUUCUUCAUAUUUUUUUGUGUAACUUUAUGGCGUUUAUGCUUCAGUACUUAUGGCCAGUAUGGUCAGAUAAGCACUAAAUAUAUUGCUGUUAGUAACAUUCUAACAAAGAUAGACCGUUCGUCCACAGUAUCGUGUUAUUUGAAAUGCUUGCAACACACGCAAUGUUUUGAAGCUGCUCUAUCGACCGACCAAAAUAAUGACUGCUUCCUAUUGAAAGAUUAUCGAAAUGAAAUAAACGAUGUGGAAAAAAGGUUAAAGAUGAAUGUUAUUUCGAAGGUGUGUCCAGCAGAUGUAUGCCUUGCCAAGUCGAAAGAAAAGCCUUGCAAACCAGGAUUUUUUGGAAGGAACUGUGAAAAAGACGGAUCUUUCGCCGUCCGGUUUGUGAAGUCUACAACUGAGAUACCUGUCUUAAGAAAAGAAUUGCUGGCUCCCCUGACUGAAGUUUCGGUUUCUUUUUGGAUGAAAAUGACUGAUCCACCGACAAGGACACAGACUGUGUUUCUACUAUCGAAGGUUCAACCAAGAAAGCAUUGUGACGAUUUUGGUCUACUUUACGGAACAUCCGGAUCAUAUCUAACGAGAUUUCCAAAGCACUCAUUCAGAUUGCAUUAUCAGGAACCAUUAGAUAACCAAUGGAGUCACGUUGUCAUGACGCUCGACGGAAACAAGUCAUUGAUGAAAUUUUUCAUUAACGCUCAAGAAAAAUCAAAAAUCAAAAAUUCAAAAAUAAUUCCUUUGCAUUCUAGCAACAGCAAGCAGUUUAUACAGCUUGCUCUCGGCAAUGACGCCGAUGAAGGGAGCAACGAUAGGUGUGUUGUGAAUGAAGUGAAUCAAGGGAUUGGAGGAAGCAUAACCAAUUUUUUUUUAUGGAAUAGAAUUUUAACGGCAAAGGAAAUUGCAGCUGCUUACGAGAACAAACCACCGUACUCUGAUGCAUUAGUUACAUGGGACGAAUUCCGAAGUACUGUUACUGGAAAAGAAGCGUUGUUAACAGAUUACCCUUUCAAGACAUAGACGUAUAGACGGUCGUUAACCCGUGAAAAAAUCCUCGGGGUCGUCUGUCUUUAAAUUACACGCUAUCUCGUGUGGCCGUUGCACGACACUUUUCUUGCUGACAGACAGACAAAAUACUAGUCGUUAUACUCUGAAAAAAAUCCUCAGGGUCGUCUGUCAUUAAAUUACAUGCUAUUUAGUGUGCCCAUUGCACGACCCUUUUCUUGCUGACAGACAGAGAAAAUACCAGUCGUUAGCCCGUGGAAAAUUCCACAGGGUCGCCCGUCCUUUAUAUUACGCAUUUCUUGUUUUGUGUUUUUCAUUACAAAUUUGUGCUAAACCUAUUUGUUUUUAUGAUUUUUACGAAUUACGUUGAAGAUAAUACUAAUCUAAUGUUUUUGAGUUAUUGUUACAUGUUACAUGGGUUAAAAUUUAUCUGUAGUUCCCCCUUGAGAAGAAAAUUAUGUGGUAGUGUGGCUUUUAA